AUGGCUUUCCUGAAGAGUUAUGAAAACCUGGAUAUACAGUCCAUUCUUGCUGUUCGCACACCGACAUGCACACAUUCUUAUAUCUCUGCUAGUGGCGAAAGUGCUCUAUACACAAAUGACCUCUACGCCGAAUUCUACAAGCCUAUCCAUAAAGUCCUCAAGAGUUGUCUCUUUUCCGUGAAUCGGAUUAUCGCUGACGACCGUACGAAUCAAGUCGCAUUAUGGACCACUAUUCACAUCAAUUUCGUGGUUGAUUCCGUGGGACCCUACAAGGGCGAUUAUGUAUUUUUCAUCGAGUUUGAUGACCAACAACAGCAUGCCAAACGUAUUCUGGAGUUCGUCGACAAUCUUGGAGCACGAAAAUACAUGAAACUUGUAUCUCAAGCGAAUAAAUUGCUUGUAGAUGCAGGAGUCGACAAGGAGGGUACACCACACCUUUGA